AUGGCCAAGAAUAAAGGAAGACGCUCCUCGGGAGCGGCUGGAGAGAAUGCACCUGCUGCGAAUGAUACCAAUGCAAAUGCGGACGCUCUCCCUCAAUUGCAGGAGGGUGCAUUUGCCGGUCUGCGACAGAAGAUUGAACAGAGAUUGAAAGACCAGAACUCAAAGCAGAAUUCGAAGAACAAGCCGAAAGCCGCUUCUAAUGAUACCCCCAAGAAGGAAAAGGAAAAUGCGCCGAAACCAGGACCGAAGACAACUCCCAAGAAAGAUAACGAUAACAAAGGCAAAAAGCGGGACCGCAAUGGCGAUGUGAUUGCGAAAGAAGCGAAGAACCAUGAGAAGAACAAGCAACCGAAAUCGGAUGGUGGCGACGAGAACGAUGCCCUACGCCAGGAGAUUUUGGCACUUGGUGGUACACAGGAGGAUUUCGAUCUACUUGCGGGCGUUGAUUCGGAGUCUGAGGUGGAGGAUGCAGACGCUUCGAAGAAAUCAGGAAAUAAGUCGAGCGAUGAUUCUCUACGCAAGGAAUUGUCCAGUAUGCUGGCCGCCGCUGGUCAAGUUGUGCCGGACGACAUAGGAGAUGAUGAGGAGGAAGGUGAAGAAGAAGAGGAGGAGGAGGAGGAGGAGGAGGAUGAAAAUGACGACGCUGAAGAAAGCGAUGAGGAUGUUGAGAGCGAGCAAGAUGAGGAUCAAGAACAGGAGAUCUCAGAUGUGGAGGAGGAAGCUCCUGAUGCACCACUCGUCCAACCCGAGAAGGAAUCCAAGAAAGAGAAAGAAAAGGCCAAGAAAGAUCCAUCGGCCCCUGAGAACAUGAUCCCCAAGGAAUACUCGACCCUUGCUGUUUCUCCGCGGUCUGACUGGUAUUCGACUCCCCUCCCUUCAAUUCCAUCUUCUGAGAAACAAGCGAAAGGACUUCCUCGUGAUUUGGUGGACCGCGUGCAUCAAUAUGCUCUAUCACUAUUGGAUCACGACAGUAAGAAGUAUUCGGAGGCACAGAAGAAGUCUGCCUCGUCAUCGCAUAAAUUCUACACAACCAUUAUGUCGACCGGUACGCUUAGUGAUAAAAUCUCCGCAUUGACACUCGCUGUACAAGAGUCACCUUUGCAUAACACCAAGUCAUUGGAGAGUCUGAUUGCUCUGGGAAAGAAACGGAGUCGUGCUCAGGCGGUUGAAGUUCUGAGGUCGCUCAAGGAUAUGUUCGCGCAGGGAACAUUACUUCCGAGUGACCGUAGACUGAAGUCGUUUGCAAACCAGCCGUCCCUGGUGUCUGCUUUCCAAGGCGCCACCAAAUGGACAGAGAAAGACUCUCUUCCUGGCGGUGUCCGGAAGAGCCAUCUUAUCGUCUGGGCCUUUGAGCAUUUCCUCAAAGAUCAAUAUUUCGAAGUCCUCAAAAUUCUGGAAGUAUGGUGCAGUGACGAAAUCGAGUUCUCCCGGUCCAGAGCCGUGAGUUAUGUCUUUGAGUUGCUCAAGGAAAAGCCAGAGCAGGAAGCAAACCUUCUUCGCCUGCUAGUCAACAAGCUUGGUGACCCAAGCAAGAAGAUUGCGUCGCGAGCAUCGUACCUGCUCCUGCAGCUUGAACAAGCACACCCUAUGAUGAAGCCGACUAUCAUCUCGUCUGUUGAAGAAGUGCUUUUCCGACCAGGUCAGAGCCAGCACACCAAGUACUACGCCAUUAUCACUCUGAACCAAACGGUACUAAGUCUGAAAGAAGAGAAGACCGCGGCUCAGCUACUUGACAUCUACUUCUCGAUGUUCGUCGCAUUGCUGAAGCCUGCCAAAGACAACAAAAAGCAUGGCAAGUUUGGCAAAGGAAACCACAAGGGUAACAAGAACAAGAAGGAGGAUCCAAAGGCCCAAAGUCCGGAUGAAGAAAUGCGAGAGAAACUCGUCUCAGGAGUCCUGACAGGUGUCAACCGAGCCUAUCCAUUUACAAGCUCGGACACUGAGCGUUUGUCGAAGCACCUUGAUACCCUAUUCCGCAUUACUCACUCAUCAAACUUCAACACCAGCAUUCAGGCUCUGAUGCUGAUCCAACAACUAACCCAAUCUCACCAAGUUGCUGCCGACCGCUUCUACAGGACGUUGUAUGAAUCCCUUCUCGACCCUCGACUUGCUACAUCAUCCAAGCAGUCCAUGUAUCUCAACCUAUUGUACAAGUCACUUAAGAAUGACUUGAAUGUGCGAAGAGUCAAGGCUUUUGUGAAGCGUAUAGUACAGGUCCUUGGACUGCACCAGCCGGCGUUCAUCUGCGGUAUCUUUUACAUGAUCCGAGAGUUGGAGAAGACAUUCGCAGGACUUCAAUCUCUGUUUGAUCAGCCAGAGGAGAAUGAGGAAGACGAAGAAGAAGUUUUCCGGGAUGUUCCUGAUGAAGAUGAUGAGCCGCAAGAACCUCAGGUGUCUGAGGCUAAGCCACAAAAACCUUCGAACGGCUAUGACCCCCGCAAGAGAGACCCCGAGCACAGCAACGCUGACAAGACAUGUAUUUGGGAAUUGCUGCCUUAUUUGUCACACUUCCACCCAUCUGUGUCGGUCAAUGCGGAGCACUUGCUGGAACACCAACCGAUGAGUGGCAAGCCUGACUUGACCAUUCACACAUUGACACACUUCCUUGACCGCUUCGUCUACCGCACACCCAAGGCCUCCGCAAACACACGUGGAACAUCCAUCAUGCAGCCGCUUGCCGGUGGUGAGACGAGCGAUAGAUUGGUUGGUGCUGGAAGAGCAACCCAGCACGUUCCGCUUAACUCCGAGGCAUUCUGGAAGCAGAAGUCGGAGGAUGUGGCAGCCGAAGAUGUCUUCUUCCACGAAUACUUCAGCCGUGUCGGAAGCAGCAAGGACAAGUCGCGCAAGAGGAAGGGUGACAAGGACCCUGUCGAAAAGGAUGAAGAGGGUGCCGAGGGUGAAAGUGACAAUGAAUCGGAGAUCUGGAAGGCAAUGGUUGAUUCGAAACCUGAGCUGGAAGCCGAUGAGGACGACGAUCUUGACAUGGACGAUCUCGAGUCUGAGUUUGAUGAGGCUGACUACGAUGAAGCUGGUGAAGGUGAUGAAGGUGACGACGAUGAAGUUAUCUUCAACGACGAAUCCGAUGACGAGUUUGAAGGAUUCGAGCCCGAAGAGCCUCCUACCAAGGCCAAAUCCAAGGCCAAGGCAGACAAGAAGAAGGAAGCUUCCGAUGACGACGAAGAUGACUUUGACAUGGAUGUCUCCGACGACGAGGCAUUCGUUGGAAGUGACGAGGAAUUGCCAUCUGACAUGGAGGGCGGCGUGGAACUUCCUCAAGAGAAGGACGAUUCGGAGCGGAAGAAGCGACGCAAGCUCAAGCACCUGCCUACCUUUGCGUCUGCAGACGACUACGCAGCACUGCUUGCUGGAGAGGACGAAGGAAUGUAA